AGUUUUUGUGGUCUCAACUGUUAAAUUAGAAGAAACAGAUCCUAAGUGGAAAUAAAUCCCUUUCUGUAUAAAUUACUGCACUGCAAAUGUAACAAGAUAACCAUAGUUCAGGAUAAUUCUUUAAUUAAUCAAUGACGAAUUACAAGGUUGUCUUCAUCUCUACCCCGGCCAUCGGAAACCUUGUUCCGACGGUUGAAUUUGUCCGCCACCUAACCAGCCGUGACCCUCGAUUAUCCGCCACCAUCCUCAUCCUCACCAUAGACGAAAGGACCGUCGUCAAUGCUUAUAUCCAAUCAAUCGCCGCCUCAACCCCACCCGCCGUUACCAAUUUCAUCCACCUCCCUGCCUCAGACCCUCCCACCCCAGAUCAGUACCAGUCCUCUCUAGGUUACAUAUCCCUUUACAUAGAGAAGCAGAAAUCCAACAUAAAGAAUGCACUUCUCGACCUCAUGUCAACUAAGUCCUUCCGAGUCUCCGGAUUGUUCGUCGACAUGUUCUGCACGGCGGCGAUUGAUGUUGCUGAGGAGCUUGGAGUUCCUUGUUAUCUGUUUUUUGCUUCUCCGGCGAGUUUUUUGGGAUUUGCGCUUCAUUUGCCAGCGUUAGAUGACAAACUGGCUACUGAGUUUGUUGACUCGCCAACUGGGUUAAUUCGUCCCAAAGACUCAGCAACCGAGUUGAUCGUGCCGAGUUUUGCUAAUCCGUUGCCUCCACCAGUAUUGCCGACGAUAGUGCUAAAGAGGAAGAGAGAUGGGUAUUUUUGGUACUUGCAUCACGCACGCAGGUACAGGGAAACGAAGGGCAUUGUAGUAAAUACGUUUCUUGAACUAGAGCCAUUUGCAAUUAAGUCGGUUUCUGAAGGUGUGUUUCCUCCUGUUUACCCUGUUGGUCCAAUUGUUGACCUUGCUGGGCCGGUCCAAUGGCACCCGAACCGGGGGCAGCAUGAAAGCAUAAUGAGAUGGCUUGAUGAUCAGCCUCCAUCAUCAGUGGUGUUGUUGUGCUUUGGGAGCAUGGGAAGUCUUGGUGGACCUCAGCUGAGGGAGAUUGCCCAUGGGCUGGAACGGGCCGGACAUCGGUUCUUAUGGUCAAUCCGUGAACCGCCAAAGGCUAAAUUAGACCUACCGGGUGAGUACAAUGUUGUGGAGGAGGUUUUGCCGGCCGGGUUUCUUGAUCGUACGGCUGGAAUUGGGUUGGUGUGUGGAUGGAUCCCACAAGUAUCGAUCUUGGCCCAUCAGGCGACCGGAGGGUUCGUAUCUCAUUGUGGUUGGAAUUCAGUGUUGGAGUCUCUAUGGUAUGGAGUUCCUAUUGCCACAUGGCCACUCUAUGCUGAGCAACAGAUGAAUGCGUUUCAACUGGUGAAGGAAUUGGGAUUAGCAGUAGAGAUUAGGGUGGAUUACAGGGAAGGCAGUGAUCUGGUGUUGGCUGAAGAAUUUGCAAAUGGGUUGAGGCGUUUGAUGGACGGUGGUGAUGAGGUGAAGAGAAAGGCAAAGGAAAUGAAACACAAAAGUAGGAAGGCCUUGAUGGAUGAUGGAUCAUCAUAUAGGUCAUUAGGGUCCUUAAUCCAAGAAUUAGUGGCUGAGAUUUAAAGUUUCAAUUUUGACAUUUGUAGCUUACUGAUUACAAUAAAUUAACAUAGUCCUU